UCAGAAUGUUGCUUGUCCCAAGCUGCUCAAGGGACAUGGAUACUUAGGGAAAAGGCAGAGACAUGAGGAGAAAAGGAGGCAGGAGGAGACCUCAGAGUAGAGCGAGAAAGAGAUACUAGACAAGAAGGAAACAAAAUAUUAGCCAAAAUCUCCAGUUUGCUGCCUAGGUGCUGAGUUCUCAAGUCCCCUGCUUCUUAACUGGAAAUUCAUCUCCUGGUCUGGUUUGCCUCACAUAUAAGCCUCUGUCUUCCUCCCCAACGGGCCACCCAGCCUGCUCUCCCCAGCUACACCAGCAACUUCACCUCUUGGCUCAAGGCAGGGCAGCCAGCUAGCUACCGAGUCAUCCUCUUUGCAUGCUGGCACAGCGGGCUUCACAUGCUUACAGCUCCUGAUAAGAGCCUAUCAAGAACACGAUAAAAGCCUUUUGUGGCAGGUGGUGUUUAUUCAUAGAGCGAGAGAUUAUGGCAUCAUCAAAUGAAGAGCUUAAUUCUGACAACAGCUUUUCAUCCAUCACUGGGACAGGAAAUGAGAACAUUGCCUCAGCAACCGAUGGACCUUCGGACUCAAGAUGUCCAAUCUGUUUGGAAAGAAUCCGGAACGUGGCCUUCUUAAAUCCCUGCUUCCAUAGAUUCUGCUUUGUUUGUAUCCUAGAGUGGUCGGACAGGAAAGCAGAGUGUCCACUCUGUAAGCAGCGCUUUCAUUCUUUCUUUCAUACCAUAAGGUCUGACACUGAUUUUGAAGAGUACAUUAUACCCUUUGAAAAUGCUUCUUAUGGUAUGUGUGGGGAGAGGUCAGCGAUCACUCAAAGACCAGAGUCUCUGCCAGAUAACGGGAUCUUGUAUGAAGGACACUCAGGUCCCCAGGCUCAAGGCAGAAUGAGAACACUUGAUGAACUGAUGAGACAGCUUGGAAUAAGGAGGUCAUCUCACCCAGGAGGAAUCUCCCUUGGUCAAAUGAGAGAACAGCUUACAAUCAAGUUCAGGAGGGCACUUUAUCGAGCUGGAGUGCGUGUCAGGAAUGUCCAAAGUGGAGGUUUUUAUAGGGACAUAUCUGCAGAUUUUUUCCACAGGAACCCUGUCCGCCUUAACAGAUUAGUGCCCUGGCUAAAACGUGAGCUGAGAGUACUGUGUGGUACUCACGCAUCUCUGAUCAAUAACAUACAGCAUAUUAUUUUGAAUAACAUAACCACCUAUGAUCUGGACAGCCAAGCAUUUGCUGAUCUUCUACAGCCUCAUUUGCUUUAUUACACCAAUCACUUCUUGCAUGAAUUCAUCAGUUUUGCUUGCUCCCCUUUCAAUAUUAAGGCCUAUGACUGGCGAGCCAGUUAUGAUAUUCCCUUUCCAACGCAUGAUGAUGGGUUCCAGUCCUAUUCAUCAUUUAGUUCAUCAUCUUCAGAAGAAGAUGAAGAGGAGGAGGAGGAAGGAGGAAUUGAAAACUCAGAUGAGAAUGAGGGGGAAGAUGGAGAAUCAAUGACAAGUAAUGAUGCAGGAACCUGGGAUGAUGAAAUACGAGGAUCGGCCAGUUCCAGUUCAGACCACGCCCUGGAUGAUUUUUUUCUUCCUUUUGGAUCCUCAAAUGCAGAACUUGUAAGAAGUGAAGAUAACAUGCAUGUUUUUUUCCAGGCUGAUGCACACUUAGGUACACCCAAAUCACUCUGUGCAUUGCACAAAUGUGUCCUCAGUCACGUAGAAGAGAGUACAUCAAUCCUGUGCAAGUCUGUCCCCAGUUGCACGGAGAGUGCACAACACAGUGUGGAUGACAAUGAAGAGGAAGCCAGAGAAGAACAGAAGGCUUUAAGAACUCAUAGCUUUGGUGGUGGCACUCACAGUAGUGGAGGUUCAGCUGUCUCUCAUGGUGGCCAGCUUGCUAGCAGCAAUCAGCUGUUUAAUUUACAAAUCCCUCCUCAAGUGCAACAAACAGAUAGCGUGGAUCAGACACCACCACAACAGAAAGAUGUCCUUAGCACCAAGCUAAUCCAUCACAAAGGUGAGGAAAUCAUUGUCAUUGAGGUCCUUCAGCCCAAAGCAGAAGACAUUUUGGUUAUUGAACAUAUUGAGUUGAAAGCAAGAGAUGCUGAUCAUCAUGAGCAGCUGUCAUGGGAAGGGGAAGAAAUUCCUAACCCUACAGGAUUUCAUUGCUCCACAGAAGAUACGCCAAGUGGUUCUGCUACCAAGUGGGAUGGUGGAUGUUUUUCAUGCAUCAGAAGACCUUGAUUUGCACAUCAGAGACGUCAGUCCAUUAACCCCAAAGGGAACUUGUUAAAUCGUUCUCUUAUUGAGGUUAUACAUGUUACUCUCAAUCCAAUAAAUUCGUAUAUAUGAAAAAAAGAUGUGUUUAAUGUAUUAUAACAGAAAUCUGAUAUGAAUAUGAAGCAAAACAUUAACAAUAAAAAUUGUACAAAGUAUCUAAACACUUUACAGGAAAAAAAUGUUCAGAGACCAAAAGAAAAAAGAAAGAAAUCUCUUUUAAGUAUAGUCAUACAUUUACUUUUUUGACUGGAAAUUGAUCCUACUUACAUAUCUUGAACCAUACCAGAGACUUCUUUAGAGGGGCAGCAGAGGCCAGGUCUUUGUGAUAUUUUAUGAACCCUGUAUAAAUAAUUUCUAUAUAAUCUCUGUAUAGAUCUUUUAAUUAAAGCAAAACUAUCACUUC